GGAGGCGGUGACCAUGGCAUGGGUUGGGGUGGAGGUGACCAGCACAUGGGCGGGGGAGGAGGGGGGGGAAAACACGGCACAGGGGCGGGAGGCCAUGACAGUACACAAGUGGGCGGGAAAAGUGGAUAUCCACGGAGUUCUGCCGGAACCAUCCCGCCUGGAAUGGGUGCUCGUCUGCACAGUGGCGUUAGUGCAGUAGAAGGGGCGAGCUCACAAUCUAGUGCAGGUUCUCGGCUUGCUCAACCGACUGAUGAAGUAUUCUUCACGGGAGGAUCUAUCCUCCCCACAGUCCUAGCCGAAGUUUCGACAAUGUCCAAAUCGCUUCCUGUCGGGAACGUACCAUACACAGUUUCUGCGCGCUCCAAUUUCCCGUGCGCUUUGGAACCGACGGUAGUUGGAUCCGUGAAUGUUGAGGAGUCCGAACAGAGGAUGGAUGUGGACGUGGGGCGCCUUUCCACCGGUGGCGGAUCUAUCCGCUCCAUAGAGUUACUCCCUAAGUCGCAAGUCGCCUAUGUGGAGACUGUGGAUAGAGGAUCUUUCCGACCCACAACAGAUUGUGCAGCUGACGUGCCGUCGAAGAGCUCUACCGCUACAUGUGGGGAAAUGCCAGUAAGAAGCCAUUCGGCAGGUGUCCCUGGAGUCCACAGACUUUCCGAACCCGUCCAGGAAGUUGCCAGCGUCGCCGAUGUUCAAAGCCUAACCCCCAGUGGAGGAUCUAUCCUCCAAAUAAUAAGUGAGGCUCGAGAAACACAUGUAGGAAACACUCCCGCAAGCGACUUGGGAGUUUGGAGCCCUUCAACCGACGGAGGAUCUGUCGUGCACACAACAAGUCAGGCUCAAGAAAUGCAAGUUGGUGUCCCUCCCGCAAGCGUCCCGGGAGUCGAGAGCCCUUUAGCCUGUGGAGGAUCUAUCCUCCCCACAGCGAAUCUGAUUCCUCCCCGGGGAGAGAUGACAAAGGACGAGCAUACGAAGUCCAAUGGCUCGGAGUCAACACAUUAUUCAGAAGAUAAGGACAUCAUAGAGGAGAGUGCUGAACAGCACACGACUCCUGCCACUGAGGUGAGAUGUAGCGGUACCACUGAGGUGAGAUGCGGCGAUACGGAGGACGACUUUCUCUCGCAGCUGUAUUCGGGAAUGAAUACAGCACCGCUUCCGGCUGGAAACGUCCUUGCUGGCCAGUCAACUCAGACGUUUGUCAUGCGGCCCUCAAAACUCCCUUCACCUACACUUGCGCUAGGUCGGUGCGCGGAGGAGAGAGAAGUUAGCGUGUCGGAACAGGAAAAGGGAGUUAUCCGUCGUUCGUUGGGCGAUGACGUCGUCAGAAAGCUCUUCAAUGACGACGAAGACCUUACUGUGGUCGAUUCUAGUCCACGCGAGGCUUCGAGUGGUAGGAUGGCUCUGGAAGAACUGUCUCUCAAUGAGGAUGUCGAGAAACCGCGCGUCGACUCUCUUGAUCCCUUUGCUGAGGAGGUUUUUCGAAUCGUCGAUGCUGACAUCAAGGACUUGUCCAAGUUUCCCCCGAGUCUGGACCACAUUGUUGCAUCGGGGAAGAUGAAAGGAGGAGGUAUAGUGUUGGGUCUGAAAGCCACAUGCGUACAGGCGGAGGUGGCACGAAUUGGAGCUCACAAGGCCGAGGAUGCUGCUGAACAUGCUGGAGAAGACGCUGUGGCUGGUAAGCAGUGACUUGCGUUGCUUAACUCUGGGUCUAUCUAGUGCAGAACGUGUGGACUGAACUUUUGCAUAUAGAUAGCGGCUUGGGAUAUGGAGAACAUGAGGGUAAUUGCUCG